UUAGCACGGGUCCUGGAGGAAGUGACGCGUGAGCAGCGGGGAUCGGCGCUGGGAGCACUAGGAACGGAGCGGUGCAGCCUAGGCCGGCAGGAUGUCUCUGGCGGACGAGCUGCUGGCGGAUCUGGAGGAGGCGGCUGAGGAGGAGGAGGAGAACUUCGCGGAUGAGGAGGAUGAGCCGGCCAUUGAGGAUGUGCAGGAGGAGAUGCAGCUGGACCUCACGGUGGACUCAGUCAAGAGUAUCGCCAAACUCUGGGACAGCAAGAUGUUUGCAGAGAUCAUGCAGAAGAUUGAGGAGUACAUCAGCAAACAACCCAAAGCUACAGAAGUGAUGGGGCCAGUGGAGGCAGCUCCAGAGUACAGAGUCAUCGUUGAUGCUAACAACCUAACGGUGGAGAUUGAGAAUGAACUGAACAUUAUCCACAAGUUCAUUCGGGAUAAAUACUCCAAGAGGUUCCCAGAGCUGGAAUCCCUGGUUCCCAAUGCCCUGGAUUACAUCCGGACUGUCAAGGAAUUGGGAAACAGCCUGGACAAGUGCAAGAACAAUGAGAACGUCCAGCAGAUCCUGACCAAUGCCACCAUCAUGGUGGUGAGCGUCACCGCCUCCACCACUCAAGGGCAGCAGCUGACGGAGGAGGAGCUGGAGCGCAUUGAGGAGGCCUGUGAUAUGGCCCUGGAGCUCAACCAGUCUAAGCACCGCAUCUAUGAAUAUGUGGAGUCUCGCAUGUCCUUCAUUGCCCCCAACCUCUCCAUCAUUGUUGGGGCCUCCACUGCUGCCAAGAUCAUGGGGAUUGCGGGUGGCCUCACCAACCUCUCCAAGAUGCCAGCCUGCAACAUCAUGCUCCUGGGAGCCCAGCGCAAAACCCUUUCUGGCUUCUCCAGCACAUCAGUGUUGCCCCACACAGGCUAUAUUUACCACAGUGAUAUUGUCCAGUCACUGCCCCCGGACCUGCGAAGGAAGGCUGCUCGCCUAGUUGCAGCCAAGUGUACCCUUGCUGCUCGUGUUGACAGCUUCCACGAGAGCCAGGAUGGGAAGGUUGGCUAUGACCUCAAGGAGGAGAUUGAGCGCAAGUUUGACAAGUGGCAGGAGCCUCCCCCUGUGAAACAGGUGAAACCGCUGCCAGCCCCACUGGAUGGACAGAGGAAGAAGCGAGGAGGCCGCAGGUAUCGGAAGAUGAAGGAGCGCCUGGGGCUGACAGAAAUCCGGAAACAGGCAAACAGGAUGAGCUUUGGAGAGAUUGAGGAAGAUGCCUACCAAGAGGACCUGGGCUUCAGCCUGGGCCACCUGGGCAAGUCAGGUAGUGGCCGGGUGCGGCAGACGCAAGUCAACGAGGCCACCAAAGCCCGGAUAUCAAAGACCUUGCAGCGCACGCUCCAAAAGCAGAGCAUGGUCUAUGGUGGGAAGUCGACCAUCCGGGACCGCUCCUCAGGCACUGCCUCCAGUGUGGCCUUCACACCCCUGCAGGGCCUAGAGAUUGUUAAUCCCCAAGCAGCAGAGAAGAAGGUUGCAGAGGCCAAUCAGAAAUACUUCUCCAGCAUGGCAGAAUUUGUAAAGGUGAAGAGUGAAAAAAAUGGCAUCAUGACCAACUCAUAAACUCCCUCCCUGUGGACUCAGCCAAACCCUCCUUUUCCUCCCUCAACAGCCCCCCGAGAAGCCUGCUGCAGGAGGUGUGUCUGAGCCCUGUGGGGCACUCCUGCCACCCAACUGCAUUGGAAGGCAGGAUCUGGCUCUUCCAGCUCUGGACACGGGGGCAUCUGUAGAAGCUUCCCAGUGCUGGACCCCAUUUGCUGCCUCUAGCAUCAUCCUAUUCUUGUGGCAGCUCUGCCCCAAAGCAAGCGCACCCCACUGGUCCUGGUCACACCUGGUGUAGCUUAGGAUCGUGGAAUGUGUAUCCUUGUGCCAGACUGUGGCCUUUUCUAGGGUGGGGCAGGAACCUGGUACCUAACUAAGCUGGUGUGUGGGGGUGCAUGUGCAUGCAUGCCUCUUGGCUGCUUUGCCUGUUAUGGAGUGCAGCAGGGCAUGGAGAUGUGUGUGAGGGGUGUGCCUGGAGGUUCCUGUGAGGGAGUCUGAGCAGGGGAUUGGGGUAGGAGGAAGGGAAGGAACACUUUAGGGUGAAGUGUGUAUGAUGAUGAUGAAUCCAUCCUUGUCUUGGUUAAAAAAAUAAAAUAAUAAAAAAUUAUUUUUGGAA